CUAGGGUCAGGGUGGCCGCGUCCUAAGGCAGGAACUAUUGCGACCAGAUCCGCUGAGCGCCCGGCAUGAACCGCAAGAAGCUGCAGAAGUUGACGGACACCCUAACUAAAAAUUGCAAGCAUUUUAAUAAAUUUGAAGUAAGCUGUCUUAUAAAGCUUUUCUAUAACUUGGUGGGAGAUGUGGCAGAGCGACCAGGUGCAGUCACUGGAUUAGAUCGUAAUGCCUUUCGCAACAUCCUGUAUGUGACAUUUGGGAUGACAGAUGACAUGAUUAUGGACAGAGUAUUCCGAGGUUUUGAUAAGGACAACGAUGGCUGUGUAAAUGUAUCAGAGUGGGUUAAUGGAUUAUCACUGUUUCUUCGAGGAUCUUUGGAAGAAAAAAUGAGAUAUUGCUUUGAAGUGUUUGAUUUGAAUGGAGAUGGAUUCAUUUCAAAGGAGGAAAUGUUUCACAUGCUGAAGAACAGCCUUCUCAAACAGCCAUCAGAGGAAGAUCCUGAUGAAGGAAUUAAAGAUUUGGUUGAAACAACACUUAAGAAAAUGGACCAUGAUCACGAUGGGAAGCUGUCUUUUGCAGACUAUGAAAAGGCUGUGAGAGAAGAAACCCUUCUGUUGGAAGCUUUUGGACCAUGUUUACCUGAUCCAAAGAGCCAGAUGGAAUUUGAAGCGCAAGUGUUCAAAGAUCCAAAUGAAUUCAGUGAUAUGUGAAUGUCUAAAUGUCUGUGUUGUCUCAACACCCUGGUGCACCAGCAGAAAACCCAGCUGGACCCCUUCAAAAGAGACACCACAUAACCUUGCC